AUGUCUUUGGGACCCUUGGAAAGCAGCAGCAACAUUUCCUCCACCUUUCUGCUGAGUGGCAUUCCUGGGCUGGAGCACAUGCACAUCUGGAUCUCCAUCCCAUUGUGCUUCAUUUACCUGGUUUCCAUCCUGGGCAACUGUACUAUCCUUUUUAUCAUUAAAACAGAGCCCUCACUCCAUGAGCCUAUGUACCUCUUCCUGUCCAUGCUGGCUGUCACUGACCUGGGUCUGUCUCUUUGCACCCUCCCUACAGUGCUAGGCAUCUUUUGGAUUGGGGCGCGAGAUAUUGGUCACGAUGCCUGUUUUGCCCAGCUCUUUUUCAUUCACUGUUUGUCCUUCCUAGAGUCCUCUGUGCUGCUGUCUAUGGCCUUUGACCGCUUUGUGGCCAUUUGUCGCCCCUUGCACUAUGCUUCCAUUCUCACCAACACAGUCAUUGGCAGGAUUGGCCUGGUUUCCCUGGGUCGCAGUGUAGCACUCAUUUUCCCAUUGCCUUUUAUGCUCAAAAGAUUCUCCUAUUGUGGCUCUGCACUUCUCUCACAUUCCUAUUGUCUCCAUCAAGAAGUAAUGAAAUUGGCCUGUGCAGACAUCAAAGCCAACAGCAUCUAUGGCAUGUUUGUCAUUGUUUCAACAGUGGGUGUAGACUCACUGCUCAUUCUCUUCUCCUAUGCCCUGAUCCUGCGUACUGUGCUGUCUAUUGCAUCCAGGGCUGAGAGAUUCAAAGCUCUCAACACCUGUGUUUCCCAUAUAUGUGCUGUGCUCCUCUUCUACACUCCCAUGAUUGGUUUGUCCAUCAUCCACCGGUUUGGGAACAAGGCACCUCAUCUUGUCCAAGUGAUCAUGGGCUUUGUGUACCUUCUAGCCCCUCCCCUGAUGAACCCCAUAGUCUAUAGUGUGAAGACCAAACAGAUCCGAGAUCGUGUGGCCCAUGUCUUUUGUUGUUAG